GACCUUACUCCCUCAUCACCCAAACCCCAAACAAAAUACCAAUCAUGGCUUCUUCUUUCUAUUCUCCUGCUCUCUUUCUCUCCCUAUUCUUGGCUCUUUUUCUCAUAAAUUCACAAAACACAGAAGCUCGAAAGGUCCCAAUAUCUUCCCUAGUUACUAAAGACCUCUACGAAGCCAUAUUUCUACACAGAGACAACGCCGCAUGCCCUGCAAAAGGCUUCUACACGUACGAUUCCUUCAUUCGGGCAGCGAAGUCUUUCCCCAAGUUCGGCAACACCGGGAGUUUGGAAACUCGGAAGCGUGAAAUCGCUGCGUUUUUGGGCCAAAUCUCGCACGAGACCACCGGCGGGUGGGCUACUGCUCCUGAUGGUCCAUUCGCUUGGGGCCUCUGCUUUAAAGAGGAAAUCAGCCCACAGAGUAACUACUGCGACUCAACUAACAAACAAUGGCCUUGUUCUCCUGGCAAAUCUUACAAAGGAAGAGGGCCCAUUCAACUCUCCUGGAAUUACAAUUACGGUCCGGCAGGGAAGGCAUUAGGGUUUAAUGGGCUAGAUAACCCAGAAAUUGUGGCUAACAACUCCUUGAUUGCAUUCAAGACUGCUAUGUGGUUUUGGAUGACAGAGCAGAAGCCCAAGCCUUCAUGCCACGGUGUCAUGGUCGGAAAAUAUGUCCCCACCAAAGCGGACUUGGCAGCUAAUCGGACGGCAGGUUAUGGGUUGGUGACUAACAUAAUCAACGGCGGGCUUGAGUGCGGUAUAGUCAACGACGGCCGAGUCAAUGAUCGGAUUGGGUAUUAUCAGAGAUAUGCGAAGCUGUUUAAUGUCGAAACUGGACCUAACUUGGAUUGUGAAAAUCAGAAACCUUUUAGCUGACUUCACACAAUUGUAGUUCUUGAAUCUUAAUUAAUGAACAGAAUAAACCUAUUGAGUCUGCAUAACUAGCCCGCAAACUACGCAUACUAGGCAAGUUCAUGAAAAGUGUCUGUAUGUUGUUUCUGCAAUUCAAUUGCCCUAAUUGUGUCAGAAAAUUUGAAAUAAUAUUAUCGUGUCUUUGUUAGUAUUA